UCGCCGCUGCCGAUUUGCAGCACACCAAUGCGUGAGCGGGAGCGUGUGACGGUGUUUGAAUGUCGACAAGUGAUCGAUAAAUUGGCGGCUACGGAAAUCAAAUUGGCGGAAUUAGAAACAAAAUUAACAUUGGCUGAACGCAAAUUGGUUUCGACAGAGAACGAGUAUUCCGUCUUGGAUGAAUUGUUUCAGGAAGCAUUAAAAAAAAAAGUAAAUUUACUAAAUGCUAAUAAAGAACUCAAGGCCGAGAUCGCGAUACUAAGGGAAAAGAUUAAAUUAUUCGAGGAGAUGUCCAGCGAAGAAAAAGCCGACGGGCGUAGUAAUUUCGAGCAUUUUAAGCAAGUCUUUAUAAAGGAAAUAGCCGCCAAGGAGGAAAUAAUUGCUGAAUUAAAUGAACACCUGCAGGAUGCGAUCAGUGCGCAUGUCAAGGAGAAUGCAAGGGUCCGCGAAGUAGAAGAGCAGUUGAAGAAGUGCUUCGACCAAAUCAACACGCUCAAUCUGACGGUCAAUCAAUAUAAGGCAAGCCUGAGGGACAAAGAUUUGGAGAUUAGUUGCCUGGAGCGCGACAAGCAGGACUUAGCCCAGUGCCUGAAUGUGCUGCGGCAGGAGUCGCAGGGACGCCGUGAGGUGCUGAAUGCCUCCUCGGACAUGCUGGACACUUCGCUGUCGCCUGGCAGUGUGCCGGAAAAUCUUGGCAGCUGUGUGAUUGAAAAGCAGCUGCGCGAAAAGGAUCAGGAGUUAUGUCAGCUAAAAGAGGAAUUCGCAAAACUCCAGUCGGACAUAUACAAAUUAAUCAAUGCGGAAGUGAAGGUCGAACCAUCCUUCAAUGAUCAAACGCAGCUUUUAAAGGCUAUUUGUGAUGCGCUUAUUGUUAGUCCCCAGGCAGCCGCCGAAUACGAGACCAGGAAACUUCACAACGAGAUCGAGAUCCUAAUCGCGAAGCUGCAGAGCGAAAAGGACGCCAGGGCCGACAUGCACGAUCCGCACGACAAGGAGUGCAUCAAAAUGACUUGUGAACUGGCAUUUAUCGACGAGGAUUUGGACAACGAAAAGCAGAUCGUGGCGCAGCAGCAUAAACGAAUUCUGGAUGCCCAACAGCGUCUCGACUCUCUAGCCUUGACCGAGAAACAUAAUAAACAGCUGGAUGAGCUGCAGCACCAGUUGGAGAUCCUCGAAACUGAACUCUCACAGAUGGCCUUGCAAAACUUAAAUGAUCAGCAUUGCGUCCUCAACUACCUCGAGGAUAAGAAGGCGAGUGAUGAGAUGUCGUGGCAGAGUCUUGAGGAAACAAAGAGGCUGGAGCAGCAGAUCAACUCGAAGCAUGAUCUGCUGAACAAGAAGGAGAGCGAGGUGGCUGAGGUAAAAGAUCAAAUUGCUGUGCUGCAGCAGCAGAUUAAGGACGAAGAGGCUAAGGGACGCUUGCAGGCGCCCGCAAGGAUGGCGGAGCUCGACCAGCUAGUCAAGGACCGCAACGUUCUGGCGAUCACAUCACAUGAACAGUCUCAGCGACUAGCACAUCGUCACGAUCGGCUGGAAAAGCUGGAGCUGGCACGGAAGAAGAAGGAAAUGCAGAUCAAGAAUGAGAAUCACGACCCUGACUCGGAGAUCGGCCGUUACUAUGUGCGGGCACUGCAGGAACUGGAAAGUAAAUGCAAUUUUACGUUGCAAAAAUGCGUUCAAGCGGAAGCAGAAGCCGCCGAGCAGGCUGACAAGUUGUCCCACGUGCUGCAACGUCUGGAACAGAUCCAAUACCAGAAUAAAGUAGCCACCGCCAAAGAGCCACCGCGUGCGGCACAAAAAGAUUCCGAUACAGAUCUGAUUGCAGAAAAGGAUGCGAAAAUAGCUGAACUAACAGUCGAAAUGAUGGUGCUAACAGAUAUAUUGGACACCCUGUCGGCUGAGAAAUCCGGGCUAGCGAAAAAGCUUUCGAUGCAAAAAAUUCUUCUGCAGAUGUAUGAUAAGUCCAAAGAUGUUGUGUUGGAAAAUGUGAAGAGCCAGCAGGAGAAUAAAAAGUGUUACAAGCAGAAAUUGAAACACUGGCAAGAAGAACACUCAGACGUUAUCAAGAAGUUGGAGCUGGAGAUCGAUCAAUGGCGCGAAAGAUACGAAAACUUUGAAAAAGAUAGCAGCUCGCAGAAGGAGAUCGCCGGUACGAAUGAGCGAAUGCACCAGGACACAGUUCAAGGACAUGCACGGACCAUUUCGAAGCUUCGAGAUGAUUACAAUACGCUAGAGAAAGACUUACUCCACAAACAGAACUGUUGCGAAGAGGAUCGGCAAAAGCACAACGAACGAGUGGUGCUGCUGACAGAAGAGCGUGACACUCUAAGACUUCAUAAAGACACCUUGAAGCAAGAGCUCGACACUCUGAGCCAAGAGCGGGACACUCUGAAACAGGAGCGUGACACCCUGAGACUUUAUAGUGACACCGUGAACCAAGAGCGCGACAAUCUGAACGAGUCUAAUGGUACCUUAAUAAAAGAGCGCGACAAUCUGAACGAGUCGUAUGCGACCCUACAGAAAGAGCGCGACAAUCUGAACGAGUCUUAUGGUAACUUGAUAAAAGAGCGCGACAAUCUGAACGAGUCGUAUGCGACCCUACAGAAAGAGCGAGACAAUCUGAACGAGUCAUAUGCGACCCUACUGAAAGAGCGCGACAAUCUGAACGAGUCGUAUGCGACCCUACUGAAAGAGCGCGACAAUCUGAACGAGUCUAAUGGUACCCUACAGAAAGAGCGCGACAAUCUGAACGAGUCUUAUGGUAACUUGAUAAAAGAGCGCGACAAUCUGAACGAGUCGUAUGCGAACCUACUGAAAGAGCGCGACAAUCUGAACGAGUCGUAUGCGACCCUACAGAAAGAGCGAGACAAUCUGAACGAGUCAUAUGCGACCCUACUGAAAGAGCGCGACAAUCUGAACGAGUCGUAUGGUACCCUACAGAAAGAGCGCGACAAUCUGAACGAGUCUUAUGGUACCUUGAUAAAAGAGCGCGACAAUCUGAACGAGUCAUAUGCGACCCUACUGGAAGAGCGCGACAAUCUGAAGGAGUCGUAUGCGACCCUACUGAAAGAGCGCGACAAUCUGAACGAGUCGUAUGCGACCCUACUGAAAGAGCGCGACAAUCUGAACGAGUCGUAUGCGACCGUACUGGAAGAGCGCGACAACCUGGAGGCUGCCGAACAGCAACACCAGACGGAAAUAUCUCGAUUUGAGUACAUGGAACGAGAGAUAUGGGGAAUACUGGACAAUACCACAGAGAAGAUGCAGGAGCUGGCGGAGAUAAACGCAAACGAAAACAAGGAGAACCGUCAGCUACAUGGCGAGAGCUCUUUGCGUCAGGUGAAUUGUCUGGAAAUGCUCAAAGAGAUACUCUAUCGAAAGGACACGGAAAUCGAAACCCUGCGCAAGGAUAAAGAAAUGAUUCUCAAAUCCGAACGUGCCACCAAAAACAACCUCCAUAAGUUCAUCAGAGAAUGCGAUGCGAAAGAGGCACGACUCAGCCAGGAGAUGGGUAUUCUCAACUACAAUUUUAAGCAAGCAAAAAAACUUGUCCAACAGCAGAAACUCUCGCAUGACACGGAAAUCCAGCUAAAGAUAGAUGCCGGGAACCAGGCCCUGGGAGCUGUCAAACGAGAAUUGCAGAAAGCACGCGAGCAAAUGCUGAAAAUCGAAAUGGCACAUGCACAUGAUAAGCAGCAAUUGAAACUGCUGGCAACACAAUUUCAGGCUGAGCACGCACAGAGUCUCCAAGAAAAAGCUGACCUCCAAGCGGACCUUCAGAAUCACAAGGGGCAGCUCCUGAUGUUCCAGGAAAUGGUUCAAGGACACAAAGGGAUCAUUUUAAAGCAGCAAGAUGAUUUCAGGGCCCUAGAGAAGGACUUACUCCACAAACAGAAGUGUUUGGAAGAGGAUCGCCAAAAACUUCACCAACAAGUGCUGAUGCUGAAAGAAGAGCGUAACUACCUGACACUUUACAAAGGCACCCUGAGGCAAGAGGUCGACACCCUGACACAGGAGAAUAAAACGCUGACACAGGAGCGUGACACUCUGAAGCAAGAGCUCGACACCCUGAACCAAGAACAUGAGGCCCUGAAACUUUAUAAUGACACCCAGAAGCAAGACCUGGUCUCAGUUGAAAAGCAGCUCAAGGUGGAGGUGUCCCGCCAGGAGAUCGAGACUGAAGCUCGUGCCAUGACCGAGAAGCAGCUCUCGUUGGUCCAGCAUCAACUGGAGCAAUCUGAACAGAACUAUGCCCCUUUUAAAAUCGAGAUUACUGACCCACAAACGACCUCGGACGAACGACAGAUUGAGUUAAGCAAACAGUUGAAUGCCGCCAAAAUGGAACUGGCCGAAACGAUGAAACACCACAGUGCCACAUACACGGCGGCUGCCGAGGAGGAGGGGCUACUCGAUCGCACGACCUUCCAGCGGGACUGCCAGGUGCUGCAGGCCAAAUAUCAGGAGGCCAAAAAGAAGAUUGACGAACUACAAGCGAACAUAAAGGACCAGCGCAACGAGAUGGAGGGCAAGUUGGAGAAAAUGAAAAAUAAAAUGUCUGAUACAGACCGAAUCCCAACCGACAUUCUCUUUGAAAAAAUACCCAGAAUAAGCGCCAGUUGGAGUUCGAUUUUCUCUGUCAUGCAUCGCACCUUGUACACCGCGGAGGUGACACGCAUGAAGGAGAAGCAGGAGCGCGAGGCGGCGCAUAACAAAGCGGAACUGGAGGCCCUUACAUGUCAGAAUACCAAAUACGAGGAGCAUACACGGAAGCUCUCCAAUCAGAUUGUUCGCUUGAACGAAAGGAUACUCGAGCAACAGAAGCAGCACGCGAUAACCACAACAAAAUUGCGCCACAUGCAGGCCACCUCGGAAGCCACCAAAUCCUCAUCUUCACUUUCCACACUGACUGUCGCUGGAAGCGCAACCACAGCGGACGCGGGCACGGGCACGGGCACGGCAGCAUCCGCCACCGAGGACUGGCAACCCUUCAAGCGUCCCAGUGCGCCCUCCUCGAAUCUGGCAAUGGAAGAUGAAGAGGGGGAGGUGUUCAACAACACCUAUUUGACGGACCUAAAGCUGGGCCGUGUGCCGUAUAUAUCCGCUGAGGAGCUAAACUAUCGAAACUCGCUGCAGCCGCCGCAUCUGAGGAGCACCUAUGCGGCCCAAUACGAUGUGGGAAUCCAAGACGAAGAUCCCAAAGACGGACCACAUAGUCUGGACGACAGCACGAGCGCCUUGCUUAGCUGUUCGGCGAGCACUGGGGCCCGCAAGAAGUCAAUGGGCACUCACUACAAGCGUCCUGGUCCGCCCACACCCAGCAAGAACGGCGGCCGCUUGUCCUUUGGCAGCUCAGAGCCGCCGCGGGAGAUACUGCGCGAGACAUGCGAGAAUACCGGCACCUCCAAAACACCCACACGCUUCAAGAUGUUCACCUCGCGCUUUAGCAUCGGCAGCACCACCAGCGGCAGCAGUGGCCUGCCCCGUGAUGAGCGGCCGCUACGUCGGGAGCGGCCGAAUCUAUUGACCGGCAUGCAGCGCCGCAGACUGCAGCUUCGUCAGUCCUCAGGCCUCUUCUGCACCUCAACGCCACGCAAGAGCCGCUCCUACUACGAUCAGCGACGUCUGAUAAGUGCCAGCGAUGCAAUCUCAGAUCAGGAGGAGGAUGAGGAAGAGGACGAGCAAGAAGGUAAUGAGCAGAAACCAAAACAGGAGCAGGAGAAUGUGGCCGAAGAGCUAGAGGAGGAGGGCACACCGCACUUGUCGAAUGCCGCACUGUUGGCCAUCACCCGUGGAGUGACCCGCAGGCUGAGCAACGAUCCACGCUACAGUUCCCCUAGUUCGGGGUCCACUCCUCAGUUUGGCGGCGGCAAGCGGAAAUAUCGCAAGGGACGUGUCUCCCUUUGCUUGCACGGCAAUAUCUUUGCCAGGAGCCGGCCGCUGACGAAGAUCACGGCCACGGCCCAUGCAGGAAAUCUCAAGCAGCAGCGCGAGAAGCUGAAACAGCAGCGCCUGAAUCGCUUCGAUCAGGGAAGGCACUUCAACGAGUCCCCUGUGCCGGCAGUCACUUUCGAGCAGUCACCCAUCCCAGACAAUCUCCAGAGGCACCACCAGGCACCGACGAAUGUCACCUAUAAGCUCCUCCAGCCGUUGGACCGCUGCGCCAACAAUAACUACAGCCAGCACAAUCGCAACAAAGAGCAGCAACAGCAGGACCAGCAGCUGCUACUGAUGAUGGGCCAAACGGUGGUACUAAGGCCAGAAGAGCAGAUCCUCGACGAUGGAUUGCUGCCAGUGGCAGCGACCACAUUUGACGUCAGUGAGACCGAUAGUACAGAUAUGUGGCAGCAUCGGCAGGUAUUCGAGCGGCAGAAUGUCCAGGCUUGGUUGACGGAAUAUGCCAGAGAGAGGGAGACCCCAAUCGAGAUGGAGAACGAGGACAACCAUGGCGCACAUUUUGAGCAGUUGUGCAGGGAAACGGAGUCGACGGCACCGUUUGAGCUCCAGCCGCUGCACUACAAAGAGCAGGAGGAGCAGCUAAAGGUCAGAUCGGUGCGGCCGCUCAAUAUUACGGGCACCACCAGCGUGUGCACGACCAAUGCCAGCUGUGCCACCAAUCUCACCAGUGCCUCGUCGCGGAAGUCCUGUACAAUCUACUCCCUGGGGAACAUACAAUCGGAGCCCCUGCCGACAAUGACCAUCACGCAUGUGGAGCAGCGGUUGGUGCACCACGAGCGAAGGACAAAGACGCUGACGCUGCGUGAGCUGUGGCACACCUUCUGUCGCCUCAAUCUGUCUGGCCGUCUAAUGCUCAGCCUUGCGAUGGCUCUUACGAUGAUACUGUGCUCUCAGGUGGCGGACAGGAUGGCCCUGGGUGUCACCGCGGCUUUUGGAUUACUGCUUUUGGUCCUUUUGCUGUGCUGUGGCAAGUAGAGGGAUACCAGAAGGAGAGACGCAUACCAGAAUGAAGACAUAAAACACACACACACGCAACAAAAAAAAUACUCAUUUAAUAAAAGUUUCUUCCAUUCCACAAAACAUUAUCCCAUUGCUUAUACACCCGAUAUAUCUUUGUUCCAUUCGCAGAAUUCGCCGCCCAAGCGCCGCCUUAGCAACAUGUUCAAGAGAAAAUAAAUGUAAAUAAAUGUCCAUGUACAGAGAAAAAACCAACGCCAACCAGCAUUAAGCCAAAUAAUCAUUAAGAAUUCUUGAAUAUUAUUACUUUUCUUUUGGCACAUACUAAAGCCUGAAAAAAAAAACAAAUCCACAGAGUAUACCAUGUAUAUGAAGAGGAUAAAAUAUAUAUUAUUUUCUUGUGUUCAAUGUACAUACACGAAAA